GAAAACUCUUUGAGAGUUUUGAAAAAUCUAAGUAGCUUUGGCUUAUAUAAGUUCUUUUGUAAAAGACACACAGAGAAUAAAAUCGAAGACCAAAACAAAAAGAAAGAGAGAUGGAAAGUAAUGGUGGAGGAGGAGAAGUAAGAAGAGUGAAUUUAGUUUAUUUCCUUAGCCGUUCGGGUCACGUUGACCAUCCUCAUCUCUUGCGUGUUCAUCAUCUCUCUCGUAAUGGAGUCUUUCUCCGAGAUGUGAAGAAAUGGUUAGCAGACGCACGAGGCGAUGCCAUGCCUGAUGCAUUUUCUUGGUCUUGUAAGAGGAGGUAUAAGAAUGGUUAUGUAUGGCAAGAUUUAUUGGACGAUGAUCUUAUCACUCCUAUCUCUGAUAAUGAAUAUGUCCUCAAAGGAUCUGAGAUUCUUCUAAGCUCUCCAAAGGAGGAUUAUCCUAAUGUGGAGAAGAAAGCUUGGGUGACAAGAAACGGUGGAAUAGACGCUGAAGAAAAACUCCAGAAGUUGAAACUAACGUCAGAGAAGAUCCAAAAAGAGUCUCCGGUCUUCUGCUCACAGAGAUCGACGGCAACAACGUCGACAGUCACGGAGGAAUCCACCACGAACGAAGAAGGUUUCGUUCUUAAGAAACAAGAUCCGAAAACAGUCUCCGGCCAGAGAGACGGUUCGACGGAGAACGGGUCGGGUAACGAUGUGGAGUCGGGUCGACCAAGUGUAUCGUCUACGACGUCGUCUUCGAGUUAUAUCAAGAAUAAGAGCUAUUCGAGCGUACGUGCCUCUCACGUGUUACGGAACUUGAUGAAGUGUGGUGGUUUGGACACAAACGACGCCGUAUUGGUGCCUUUGAAUAAGUCUAGGUCUGGGGCUUUUGGUCCGGCUUGGGAAGAUGAACGCAGAUACCAAUACCACCAACAGCACAAUGCUCGAAAAAGCUUCGAAGGAGCAUGGAGUGGCAUAAAGAUGAAAGAGACAAUUGAGUUUUGUAAACCAAAGGUUGCUCCAAGCAAGCCUUCCAUGGCUCCAUUAUGCUCGCAAUGUGGGAAGUUGUUCAAACCUGAGAAGAUGCAUUCACACAUGAAAUUAUGUCGAGGGAUGAAGAAUUCAUCGGCGAAUAAUGAUUUGAUGACAAGCAAUAAUACCGUUAAACCGAGGCAGCAACGGUGCAGAAACAUUCCUGGAAAUCCAUUGGGACAUCAACGUGUAUUGACGACUACUCUCAAAGAGUGAUAACGCGGAAAAUCUGUUUGCUAGUUCGUGAAAUUCUGUUUGAAUACCAUGGAGCUUGACUUUAAGUCAGAAAGUGCAUUUGGAUCAUCUAAAAAUUGACAAUUUGAAUAUUGAUGUUCUUAGAGGCACUUGGUUUUUUUCCGGAAAAAAACGUGUUUAAUAAACAAAACGUAUCUCAUGACAACAUGUUCUUUGUCUUUUUGUUUCCGAUUGUAGAAUGUUUUUUUUGUACAAGAGUUCGAAUUAUCUAGUAGAUGUAUAAUAUUCAUACACAAAAAAAACUCACGUCUA